AUGGCUGCACAGUACACAGUUUCCGGUAUUCAUGAAUGCUCCGUAAAUGAGCACGGUUCCCGGAGAAAAAACCAGGAGUAGUUGGCGCCUCGACGAAAGCAUUAUCUCCCCACCAAAUAACCUGCAGCUUGAAGCGCCCAGCGGCGUGCAUUUGAUUGUCUUCUGCACUCUGCAACACGAUUUGAAGCGCUCGGAGUCUAAUCGCGGUGUGGCUCCGCCGACCGUCAAAGACAUUCUGAUAGCCAAACGUUAGCCUAACUAGCGAGCUAUCUGUUAGCAUGUCGGGUGUAGUACGAGGCCCAGCCGGGAACAACGACUGUCGGAUUUAUGUGGGAAAUCUCCCUCCUGAUAUUCGAACAAAGGACGUGGAAGACGUGUUCUACAAAUAUGGGACAAUUCGAGAUAUCGACCUGAAGAACCGGAGAGGGGGGCCGCCUUUCGCCUUUAUUGAAUUUGAAGACCCCAGGGACGCUGAUGAUGCAGUUUAUGGGCGUGAUGGUUAUGAUUAUGACGGCUACAGGCUGCGUGUGGAGUUCCCUCGGAGCGGCAGGGGCUCAAGAGGAGCGUUUGGUGGGAUCGGUGGAGCUCCCAGAGGCAGAUACGGACCUCCAUCAAGACGCUCUGAGUACAGGGUCAUUGUGUCGGGACUCCCCCAGAGCGGCAGCUGGCAGGACCUGAAGGACCACAUGCGUGAAGCAGGCGACGUGUGCUACGCCGAUGUUUUCAGAGAUGGAACCGGUGUUGUAGAGUUUGUGCGAAAAGAAGACAUGACCUAUGCUGUUCGAAAGCUGGACAACACCAAAUUCCGCUCACAUGAGGGAGAGACUGCUUACAUUCGUGUGAAAUUAGACGGUCCCCGCAGCCCAAGUUACGGAAGAUCACGCUCCCGCAGCCGUGGCAGUCGGAGCAGGAGCAGGAGUCGCAGCCCCAGCCGCAGCAGAAGCAAUUCCCGGGGCCGUGGCAGAGGAUCACCACGCUACUCGCCUCGACACAGCCGCUCUCGCUCCCGUUCUUAAACUUUUCUACCACCAAUGUUUUGCUCUUUUGAUGUACACCUUCUUGUUUUUAUCUCCUCUGAGUUUCCCCAGAAAUCAGCAAUUGAUUUUUAAUUUCUGCGUUCCAUGUCCCAAUGUUUGUUCUCAGUAUGUAGAUUUACCCCCCUUCUCCUGUUUCACCCUUUCUCCCACCUUCUCCAGUGGCUUUGUCCUUUUGUUUUCUCUCUCUUUCUCACUCGUCUUUUUGUCUGUUCAAUAUUUUGAAAAAAUAGGAAUUGUGCUGUGGUGAACUUCAAAAAUAUUGAGUUGUUAUAAGCUGCACUCAAUGUUUUUGUAAGUAUUUCAAAUUGAGUUUUGUUUAUUUUUUUUAAACAACAGCUUCUCUCAUUUGGAUUUGUGGGGUGGGCUUUUUCGAGCCCAAUGCUUAACUGUAUUUUACCCUUGUGUCUUCCUUUAGACUCUGAAGAGAAGGAUUAAAGUGAUUUGGAAUAAAACCAUUGUGGAGCACAUUUCAUUUGUAUGGUCAGGAUAGGACAUCUAAUUGAGGAGCAAUCAGGUCGAGGCAAUGGUACGCUUCAUAUUCCAUAAAUUGAACGUUUUGAUAGGUUACCAUAUCAUGCAUGUCAUAUUUACCAGAGCCAUAUGUGCUGUACUUUGUCAUAUAAAAAUUUUAAACAUGCUACUCUGGCUUGCGACAGAAUAAGCAGUACUAGAUCAUGUGUUGUGAUGUAAGUGUAACAUCUUUGCUGUCAAAUGUAAGAAAUUCUGAUCACUUCUUUGUUGCAAAAGCUUUUAACUUUGAAUGUCCUUAUUGGUAAAAAUGUUUUUUAUUUCAGGGACUGAUAGUUUCUGUGCUCUGGCAUUUUUUUCUUGAUUGACAUGAUUGCUCUAAAAUGAAAAAAUUAGGCCCAAAAUUCUUGACAUUUUAUUCUAACAGUCUCCCUCUGAUUUUCUUCCUGGUAUUUCAAGGUUUUGAUUGGAGGAGUGACUCAGUGGAUCCCAAUCCUUGGAGCUGGAUGAGUGGAUCGAUUAGGAAAGGGAUAGGCAAGGAUGGAUGCUCGGAACGGGAUCAGUUUUUCCAGGAUUCAAAUGAGUUUUAUUUCAGAACUAAAUAAGAGGAGUCCCAGAGCAACUUUUUUUUUAUUAGGCCCCCCAAUGCCUAUUUUAAGUUUUUCAGUGGUAAUGGCUUUAUUUUACAAGAAAACGAAACUGAGGACCAGGAAGUUGGAUCAAAGGAUGGAGUCGUAGAUGCCUGGUAUGAAAGAAAUAAAAAUUUGGGAGGUUGGGUGGGGGUUUGUGUGGGAGUAGUUUGUAUGUUUUAUUUCUGCUUAAUCUUGCUUUUUCUCUUAGCAUUUUCAAUAAAACAAUUUUAAACAAGGA